CGUUUCCGUUUCGAGCGUUCACACUGAAGUCAAAGGCCGCUCGAAUGGCUUAGCGAAGAGGACUUAACUGCUGCAAAGUAUCGUGCUUUUAUGGUUUACCUUUGCCCGUGGAAGCCUUUCGUCGUUCAAAAUGGACUAUUAACCCUUCCUGCUGGGUGAUAUAUAUAAAAAAGCCGCGCUAAAACCGAUUUCCAGAGGAGUAGGCGAGUCGUUUUUUUCACUUGUGAAUAUUGGUGGUUUGAACAAGCUAGCCUUGAUCCUACUGAGCUGCAAUGGUGUUGGCAAACGAACGCGGAUAUGUCGAAGACUAACCUCGACAAAUGGGAACAUCCAGCAUAGGUCUGUAAGCACAGAAUCAACAGUUUACGAUAAACACCAGCCUUUUUUCCUGUGGACAUUUAAGCAAAGGAGGGAAUGAAAGCCUUUAGCUUUAUCUCCAGCACCCACUCACUGCUCUGGCAACUCUCCCCUCCCCCACUCAAGCUGUGAGUGUGGUCCUUUUAGGACUCUCUAGACACUGGACUUUUAACUUGCUUUUCUUGUUGGAUAUUAGCUGACCCUCAUUCUCACACCAUCAUGGAAUCAACGGUUGAUGACGAUGCAAUGGCAGCGUGAAUGAAGCUUGGCGUGGGGAGAGCUGAACGAUGCCCAAAGGUGGGGGUUCUAAAACCCCCCAACUGGACCACUUCCCACUCAACACCGAUAUGGUGGAAAAACAGAGUGGGAAGAAGGAUAAAGUAUUGUCAAACAAGACUCCCAAAUUGGAUCGCAGUGAUGGGGUUAAAGAGAUGAAAGAUAAAGCCCCGAAAAGGAAACUUCCCUUUACUGCUGGAGCCAAUGGAGACCAGAAAGAUUCCGACUCAGAAAAACCAGGUCCAGAGAGGAAGCGCAUCAAAAAGGAGCCCACUAACACCCGGAAAGCGGGUUUGCCAUUUGGAAUGGGGAUGCCUGGGAUCCGGGCUGGGUACCCCCUCUCUGAACGGCAGCAGGUGGCCUUGCUCAUGCAAAUGACAGCUGAAGAGUCCGUCAACAGUCCAGACACAACACCAAAGCACCAGUCACAGUCCAGUCUGGGUCAGAAGGGAACGCCAAACUCUGCAACUAAAACCAAAGACAAAGUGAAUAAGAGAAAUGAAAGAGGCGAGACUCGACUGCAUCGAGCAGCGAUCCGUGGAGAGGUACGCCGCAUCAAGGAGCUCAUCAGCGAGGGAGCUGAUGUGAAUGUAAAGGAUUUUGCAGGCUGGACUGCAUUGCACGAAGCUUGUAACCGGGGUUACUAUGAUGUGGCUAAACAGCUGCUGGCAGCCGGAGCAGAAGUCAACACCAAGGGUCUUGACGAUGACACCCCUCUACAUGACGCGUCGAAUAAUGGACACUUCAAGGUGGUUAAGCUACUAUUACGGUAUGGAGGGGACCCAUGUCAAAGCAACCGAAGAGGUGAAACACCAUUAAAGGUUGCCAACUCUCCAACUAUGUUGAAUUUAUUAUUGGGGAAAGGCACCUACACCUCAAGUGAAGAAAGUUCAUCAGAAUCUUCAGAGGAAGAAGAUGCUCCCUCGUUCGCCCCGUCCAGCUCCGUCGAUGGCAAUAACACAGACUCAGAGUUUGAGAAGGGCUUGAAAUUGAAAGGGAAAUUGAUAGACCCUCCAAAAUCUGCCAUCACACCCGUCAAAGAUGAAUAUGAAUUUGACGAGGAUGAUGAGGAAGAGCGUGUCCCACCUGUGGAUGAUAAGCACCUGCUGAAAAAAGACUUCCGUAAAGACUCCAUUACAAAAACUAACAAUUUAAUCUCCAUACCCAAGAUGGAAGUCAAAACCUAUUCCAAAAGCAACUCGCUCACACCAAAGAAAACUGUCAGGCGGAUUAUAUCUGACAGUAACAGUUCAGACGAAGAUGACAGGACAUUGUGUUUCACACCCGCACCCACGCCUCGCCAACAGGCCCAGCAAACAAACGCCAAGACCAGAGACUCUGCCAAUCUGAGCUCUAAACUGCAGAAAGACAAAAAUAAAGUCAAGAAGAAGCGAAAGAAGGACAGUAAAAACAACGCGAGUAAAGAGGUCAGAUUUGGAAAAGUCAAUGAUAAGUUCUGCACGUCUGACUCUGACUGUGGCGACAUGGAGAGUGAGGACGAUAAAGGUUCCAACAGUAUGAAAGACUCAUCUGCGACAAACCUGAAAGAAUCUUCGAGCUUUAAUGCUUGUUCAUCAUCCCAUGGGAAUUUAAACUCACAAAAGCAAGCCCCAUCGCUGGCAGAACAGCAUCCGAAGCAGUGGAGGACAGAUGGCUGGAAGACGGUGUCUUCUCCAACGUGGUCCGAUGUUAGUUCUCUCUCAGAUUCUGUCAGAACAAGACUGUCCAGUGAGUCUGAUUACUCAUCUGCUGAUUCCAGUGUGGAGUCUGUUAAGCAGGUGAAGAGGAAAGCGCCGGAGAACAAGAAGAAAAACAACAAUGUGCACAAUAACACAAUUGACAAGAAAAUGUCCGAUCUCUAUAAAAUCUCCAACGCAGACAGUGCAGCUUCCAAAACAGACGUUGAUGGGAAAGUGCUCAAGAAGCACAAGGUAAAGCAUAAACACAAAAGCAAGGAAAAGGAUAAAGCGCCCAGUUUAGUACUCAACCAAGACAUGAAUGAGAAAUUUGUCAAAAGCUUUUCCUUUGAUUUUGAUGAUUCAAGACAGAAAUCUCUAAUUGGUGAGUCAGAUUCACCAUCAGAGGGUAAAAUCAAGUUGUCCAAACAUGAAAAAGACCAUUCGAAAAAAGAGGAUCGUUUAUCCAAAAGCAAAACUGAAGACAAAGAUUGGUCCUCUGGAAAAGACCUUCAUAGAUCAGUGAAAGAGGAGAAAGUUAAGAAAUUGAAAGACUCUGUCAAAGACAAGACAAGCAAGGAGGAGAGAGAAAAGCCUGUGAAAUCUGACAAAGAGAGAAAUGUCAAGGAGAAGCCCAAGGAGGAAAAACAAAAAGCUCACAAGGAAGAGAAAAAGAAGAAGUCCAAGGAAAAGCCCUCCAAGGUGGAUCGUAAAAGUGAACCAAAAGAGGAUAAGCAUUUAAAGGCAGAGAAAGAGAAAAAUGCCAAGGAGGACAAAGAUAAAUCUAAAAAAGACAAAACGCAGAAGGAUGAUUCUGAGUAUGAGAGCUAUGAUGUCAACAAUCAUUUUCUUAAUCUUGAAGACACAAAACUCAGUGCGUCAGAUGACCACCAUGACAGGUGGGGCUCUGAGAUGUCCUCUGAUUCCUCAUAUGGAGAAGACAGCUGGGAUGCACCUGUUAAGGAGUACAAGGAAUACAAAGCCAAUAACACUGUCAAAUUAAUUGUGGAGACGGUAAAAGAUGAGCCAAGGCGAAAAGAAAAUAAGACCAAGGAGAAGAAGUUGGACCACGCUGAGAAGAGAUCGGAAAAAGAUGUCACAUCGAAAAAGAAAGACAAAGAGUCAUCAGACAAGCCCAACGAAAAGAAAAAAGAUUGGGCAGAUAAACAGAAAUUAAACUCCAGUUACGCUGUUGAGAAAGAAAAGAAGCGCAAAGAGUCCACUGAAAUAAUGAAAGAGAAAAAGGAGAAGGAACCAGUAGACAACUGUCGAGAGCGGAAAGACUCGUAUGAUUUCAUGAAAGAAAGAAAAGAUGCUAAAAUCAAGCAGGAGCCAAGAGAAGACUAUAACAGCGAUGCGUUUUUCAAAGAUAUAGAGACUGUCAGUAAAUCAGACAUCAGAGAAAGAAACCAUUCUGGGAAGGAGAAGAAGGGUGAAGGAAUUGAGAAACGCGAGAAAACAAAAACUGACAAGCACAAGGAAAAGGUAAAAGAUAGGGGAAUUGAACAAGAGAAGGAGAAAAAUGAGAAAAACCCCACUGAAAAAAACAUCAAGGAAAUGGACCGAAGUACCAAAGACAAAAAAGAAGGAGCUAGAGACAAGCAUAGAGAAUCUCAUAGCAAAGAGAGGAAGAUCUCAUCUGAGCAGGCAAAAGACAAGAAAGAAAAGCUCUUUCAAGAAAAACAUACUGAAAGAGAAAAGGACUUCUUGGAUGUAAAAAAGGAGGAACGAAAGCCUGAAAAGAUCAGAGAAAAAACAUGGUACAAAAUAGCCGAUGUUUUUACUGAUGAAAGCGAUGAUGAGGACAGCUACAAUAGAGGCAUUUCACUUGUGUCAGACUCUCUGAGAAAAGACUCCACACCAGAUCAAGAUGAGCUUGAUCAUGUCCCAUCUGAAAAAGGCAGAAAAACGUCAACAGAAACCAAACAUGUUGUAGAUAAGGCAAAAGAAAAAGACCACAAGGAGAAGAAGAAAGAAAAGAGUACAUUUGAUUCUGGUAAAGAACGAAAAGGCUCCCUGGAUAAACACGGCAAAGACAAAAAAGAUUCAGGAGAUAUAAAAUAUAAGGACAGAAAAGACAGAAUGUCUGUUGAGUCAAACCAAGACAAGAAGAACAAGCAGAAGCUGAUUGAUAAAAGGGAGCCUAGUGAAGAAAAGGCAAAAAGUAAAUAUAAAGAUAAACUGGAUCAUCCUAAGGAAAGAAAACCUUCCAAAUGGAGUGGGGAGAACGAGAAGUCCUUGUUAGAGAAAUUGGAAGAGGAGGCUAUGAAUGACUACAAAGACGACUCUAAUGACAAGAACAGUGAAAUUUCUUCUGACAGUUUCACUGACAGAGGACACGAGCCUGUCCUUACCUCUUACUAUGACUCCAUCACCCUGACAGAUCUUUCAGAGGACAGGAGAGACUCCUUAUCUAUAGCUACUCCCCAGGACAAGUUCAGAGAAAAGGAGAGACACAGACAUUCCUCCUCAUCGUCAUCCAAGAAAAGCCAUGACAAGGAUAAAGAAAAAGUCAAAAAGGACAAGGUAGACAAACGGGACAAGGCUGAGGAAAUAAAGGAAUCCUAUGGUCGGAGAGAGAGCUUACCUUUUGAGAAGGAGCCAAUGCCUCUGGAGGCAGAUCCGUACACAUUCCCAUAUGGAGGUAAGGGGGAUGGUGAAGACGACUUUGAUAAAACUUUGGAAUUUGAAAAAGAGAUGUCCAAAAAGGACAAAUCAACUGUCAUCAUCACUGACAGGAUUAAAGACAAAAAGAAAAAGGAGAAACAUAAGGAUAAAGUUAAGGAGGAGAAGACUAAAUACACAGAUGGCUUUGGUUCCUUCAAACACUCCAAAGAUGAUGUAAAGACAGGACUGAAAGAUAGUCCCCAGAUAAAUGUUCUCAAAGAACGAUCAAAAGAUGAUAGUCCAAAGUAUGAUAUGAAAAAGGAAAGAAAUCGAGAGUCUUUGGAUAAGGAUAGCAGGUUGGACCACAGUAAAUCCAAAACCAAGGAUGAGAAUGAGAAGCUGACUCAGUCAAAAGACAUUGGGCGCAAAGAUAAUCGUCCCCGUGAAAAACUGCUGGUGGAUGGGGAUUAUCAAAUCACAAGUUUUGGCCAGAUGCUGAGUCUUAAAGAUCAGGAGAUAGAAGAACGCCAUAAAAGACAUAAAGAACGAAUGAAGCAGAUGGAGAAGCUCCGACCCAAGUCUGGUGAUCCUAAACUCCGGGACAAAACAAAGUCUACUGAGGAGGUGCGCAAAAACCGCAAUGAGCUCUCAAAGAAGUCCAAUAGUCUGGAGUCGGUGGGACUCAAAGAGAAAAAGCUCAAAGAUGUUGGUCUCUCUGCUCAGAUGAUGUCCCCCACUGGGAAAUUUCAGCCCACCGAGACGUCAAAGGACUGGAUUGUUGGACAUCAAACAAAGGAGAAUCUUCCUGCUUCUCCAAGACCAGAUCAGAACAGGCCGACGGGAGUUCCCACUCCAGCCCCAGUUAUCUCUUGUCCCAGUUUUGAAGACGUAAUGCAAACUCCUCGGACACCUUCUUGCAGUGCAGAAGACUACCCAGACAUUAUGCUGGAUGGACUUGACUGCCAAAAUUCGUCAGCUAUGACAAUGUCCAUGAAUGCGUGCUCACCAUCCUUUUUUGAAAGCAGGUACUCAUCCUCGCAGAGUUUUCAGGAAGGAACCUGUCCUACUCCAGCCAAAAACCUGCAGCUGCCCCUUGUCAGCCGCUCUGCUGGUUCUGAUGUGUGUCGGCCUCUGGAAGAUGAGUUUAAAGCUGUUGCUGACAAAUUUCUUCGUCAACAAAGUGACCCUACUGAGUUGGCGCAGUCUGCUUCUUCACAAGUGCUAGAAGAGAAGUCGUCAUCCGUGGAAAGACUGGAGUGUUUGUCUCCCUACUUCUCUCCAAUUCGACUGUUAUCUCCUCGAAGGGAGCCGACACAUCCAACGGCUGACGUGGCAUCACCGUCCCUUGUUGGAACAGAAACCAAUGACCAUCACCCUGACAGCUUGUACACCAGUUUCCUCCCAAAACCGUCAACUCCAAUCCACAGGCCAGAUCCCCAGGAGCCUUGCUUUGAUAUCGCUGCACCACCCACCCCAGCUCCUGCUGCUUUGCCACCCCUGGAUAUCGAUGAUAUAUCUGAGCCACACCAUAGUGAGCCGAACCUUGUGCUGUCAGAUCUUCCCUCUGUAGCUGAGGACCAACGGGAGGAUGAAGACGAUAAUGAGGGUGAUGUCAAUGAGAGAAAUGAUCCUGAUCAGUGUGCGAUUGAGGAUUCACAGCCGGUACGGGACUGUGCGUACUCUCCUGACCCAGAGGAGUCUUUAAGGAAGAACUGGUCUGCAGAGUCUCCGGGCCACCCAGCACCGGAGGUCCACAGGCUUACUCCCUCCCAUUCUUCUCCCAACCAUGGGGAAAACUGCUUCGACCACAACCUCAGCUGGAACCCUGAGAUGGACAAGUCACCUCACAGAACAUACGGAGAAAUCGAGGCUGCAGUCUCGAAAAUAACUAGUCCAUACUCCCAUUCAGACAAUGACAUUCAGCACAUGUCAGGCCAUGCAUCUAUUACUCCACCUUAUGCUACUUGGAAUAGAUGGCAUAAAGAGGAACCGGAGGACUAUGACGAACAUAAGGGAGCUGUUGCUGAUAUCCCAUCUCCAGAGCGGCCCGACACAGCCUUGGAUGUGGACCAAAACUUUUUGAACACCUCGUCAUCAUCCACCAGAUUAGAGUCUUUCUUCCAGAAUUGUAGUAAGCCCAGCAUUGAAGACUGUCAUCACAUUGAAAAAGAGGCGGCAUGCGAUCCAAACAGUCGACAGGCCUCACAUGCUUUUAGUGAUGCCACAGAUGGCCACAUGACUCUGCCGGUUGGACCUGAACCCGUUGUUCCCUGGGCAGACCCUUUCUCUGCGGAUGCUGAUGAAUUAGAUGACCUUGGACCAUUUUCCUUGCCGGACCUACCACUUCCAGACAAGUCAGAAGAAACGGAUCCUCAGCUGCCAGAGCUUGCUGAACACAAGGCGGUACCUCCCCAUAUUGGGCACGCCGUCACUGAAGUGGAAGACCCAGACAUAAUGGAGGUCGGUCUCCCUAGCUAUGUCAAGGCCACGUGCCAGAUUGAAGACCUCGGUCUGCGGCAAACAAUGUCUCAAGACUUGGUUGUUCCCUCACCACAUGGAAACUUCCAACAGGAAUUGGACCCUGAGCCUCAGAGUGUUCCCAUCCAUAAUGUCUUGAGCUUCACUCAGCAGGGCGGCUUACUAGAACGAAAAGUUCCUUUUGGGUGUACUGAUGAGUCUGCAACAAAUUUACUGUAUUCAUCUAUGAAAGAAGAUGCCAGUCAGCAACAUCACAUCCAAAUUCCUUCUUUGACUGAAUCUUUGCAGCUGCCAGUAGAGCCAGUGUCUGCUGUCAAAACUGAGUUGACGCAGGAGACGCCUGAGCCUGUAGCAGAACCCACAACAUGCAGCCCCCUUCCCGAUAUCCCAGAGACAGUCUCUCUUCCCAGCACAGUGGAACUACCAGACUCUCAGGAGACCAUUUCCAGGCUGGCCACGAUAAACAUGACCACUGUGCCCAUCCCUGCUGAUGCCCCGAAGAAGGUAGACGAAAUUCCUCAAAGAAUGACCCGCAAUCGGGCUAAAAACAAUCCAUCCGCUGCUGCUGUCCCUUCUACCUCCAGUAUAAUAAGCUCUCUGUCAACAACCAACACAGUCACAACCAGUCCAGUCGUAAGCAUUAACCUGACUCCAGCCAGACUGCUGACUCCCACGUCAGCCUUUAGCAUGUCGGCUCUGAAAAAGGAAAAAGAAGUUGGACUUAAUGUUUCCUCCACGGGUGGUAAUUCAUCCCCAGCUGUGACUGCAUUGGCGUCUGUGACAGCAUCUGUGGUUCUUAGUAAGCCAACUAAAGGGCGCCAUCCAGGGGAUGAUGAUGAAUCGCAGACUCAACACCCAAGGAAAAGGAAAUUUCGAGGCACUGGUCAGCAGGUCCAGGUCCAGCUGGUAAAUACAGCCAUGCAACAAACCAGGGAAAUGAUACAGCAGACUUUGGCAGUUGUUGUGAAUGCCAUCAAGCUGGAUGAUAUUGAGCCUUACCACAGUGACCGGUCGAAUCCCUACUUUGAGUACCUGCAGAUCAGGAAGAAGAUCGAGGAGAAGAGGAAAAUCCUCUGCUUCAUCACUCCACAGGCCCCUCAGUGUUACGCUGAAUAUGUGACCUACACAGGCUCCUACCUGCUGGAUGGCAAGCCUCUCAGCAAGCUUCACAUCCCCGUGAUUGCUCCACCUCCGUCGCUGUCAGAGCCUCUGAAGGAGCUCUUCAGGCAACAAGAGGCUGUGAGAGGGAAGCUCAGGUUGCAGCACAGCAUAGAACGGGAGAAGCUCAUUGUCUCUUGUGAGCAGGAGGUUUUAAGAGUCCAUUGCAGAGCGGCUCGGACAAUAGCCAACCAGGCAGUACCAUUUAGUGCCUGCACCAUGCUUUUAGACUCGGAGGUGUACAACAUGCCCUCGGAGAGCCAGGUGGGAGAUGUUCGCAGAAAUGUCUGUGGAGAAAGUCUUGUCUUUAUGGUGUCUUCAUCUUACUAUGUUUUUCUUUCCCAGGCUGAUGAGAACAAGUCUGUAAGAGAUCGCUUCAAUGCUCGGCAGUUCAUUUCUUGGAUUCAAGAUGUUGAUGAUAAAUAUGAUCGUAUGAAGACAUGUUUACUGAUGCGGCAACAGCACGAGGCAGCAGCCCUCAAUGCAGUACAGAGGAUGGAGUGGCAGUUAAAGGUCCAGGAGCUAGACCCAGCCGGUCAUAAGUCCCUUUGUGUCAAUGAAGUGCCGUCCUUCUACGUUCCGAUGGUUGACGUCAACGACGACUUCGUCCUGCUGCCUGCCUGAAAGCUCUUCCUCCAUAGACAUGGACACGUUUCCGUCUGAAUCCGUUUUUUUUUCCAGAGACUUUGUCAGCUAGAGCGAAUGGAAAGGGCUAGCAAGGGAGGAUUUUAGAGGGGUGGGUGGAAAACAGUGCAAAACUUUGCCUCGAUUACCUUCUGUACAGAAGGAUUUCUGUUUUUACCGGGGAAAAGGAAAAUUACCCGACUUGCACUUUCAUCCUCAAAAGUUUUUAUUCUUAUUUUGAUCAGAGUGCAAGAAGCAAUAACAGUAAUUGCUUUGAUGCAUUGGAACACAUCUUCUCAGUGCUUGGUUGGAGUGAGUUGGGGACAGAUUUAUAUUUUCUGCUAAAGAUUUUAGUCCCCAUCUCUGCAGACCCCUUGCCAGGAGAUGGUGACGGAAGCAAGGUCUUCAGACAGUGUACUGCCACCUGGGGUGAGCAACACAAGAUCAUCCUCUGUUGACCGGAACAACGAGGAGGUUCAAGACAUCUGAAGGCAUUAAGACUGUCCACGUGAUUAUCAAGCAGAGGGGCAGGCAGGCCAAGGAAGCUACAACCCACCACUGAGAAAGGUGUGGCUUUUCCAGUCGUGAUGGUUCUAGCCAAACUGCGGCACGUUAUGGAGGGUUUCUCAUGUGUGCACUGGUCUGAGAGGAAAAGACUGAUCCUGCCACUGCCUCUCGGCCUUGCCAUGGAAAAAUGACUCCCUGAGGACAAACCGGAGUGUUCUUCAGAGGCCACAUUUAUUCCAACACGAACUCCACAGCCAGCCAUGGAUCGCGUGUGCCACAGAACCCCGAGGAGACACAAAUCUAACGAAUGUUGAGAUUCAAAGAAACUAUGUUGAAAAAUGAGGUUUGGCAGGAAGAGAGUGACAUUGUUGUUUAUUUCUUUACUUGGGCAUUUCAUUGUUUCUGGGGAAGUGACUUGAACACUACAGAGCCAAUAUUAGUUUAAUGGAAAAAAAAAAACAAAAGAAAACUGAAAAAAGUUGUAUUCCGUAAAUGAUGUACAGUUUUUAUAUUCGUUAACCAAUGUAUUCUUGCUGCCUUCUAGAUAAUUUAUUUUGCCACACAUUACUGCACAGUUGUAAAUAACCUAUGUACUGUAAUAUCACUCAGUUACGUGUAAAGAAAAAAGACAAAAGAAAUAAAAAUGAUCUUUUUAUGUACAGUUCACUUUUAGGCAGCACUUUCCCCUCAUAACCAUGGGCCAAAAUGUGUACAUUCUGUUAGCGCCUCUCGGCCGUUUUGCGUGUCCCAAACACACUCGAGUGGCCGAAAGCGACCCCCUCUGGAUUUAACCGUAUAGUUCCACAGAUGUAGCAAAAUAGAUGUUAAGGGUUUAUUUAAAGAAGACAGAUUAUUAUUAUUCGUUGCUUUACUACACAAUUGUAUCAGAAAAAUAUCUAACCAAGAAAAUGCCUUCUUCAGUGAACGAAAAAAAUGUACUCAUCAUUGGGCAAAGUCAUCAAUGUGUGUGGGUGUGAUCAAAGUGUAGAUGCGUCUCAUUCAUCAACAUCUUGUCAAUACUCUCGUCAUUUUUUUUUUUUUUUUUUAUUAUCUUGAAUUGGCCUCCAUUCUGAUCAUCACAACACAUGACACUAGGAUUGCCUCGUUUAUAUAUUGCUACACAAUUGAAACUUGGCCCUUUCAAACUGAUGUUUUAAAGUUUCUAUACAUGUUUUGCCGGCUAACAUUAGAAAGUCAAACUGCUUUGUUUUAUCCAAAUUGUAAUUUUCUGAUUUUACACGUUCCUCCAGCGCAAGUGACCGCAGCGAGGUUUAGCCGUGAUUAAAGAAAGUUUAUAUGGUGUUUACUAUCGGAAGUAGCAUUUGGGAUGAUUAUUGUUUGAUCCCACCACAUAGACUCUCGACAUGUUUGAUCGCAAAUUGUCAAAACACAAGCUUAACUAGUUUUCAACACGCUCGACAUAGAUUGUCUAGUCAAGUGCAUCGGUUAUUACCCUUACACUGUGCAGACAACGUGGCUACAAAUUCUAGUUGGUCAAAUCAAAAACAAAACAACCACCGUUCUAAAAUAUAGAUAUUUAUAGAUCUAUAUGUAGAUCUAUAUUGAAAUGCAUAGAUCCAUGUCUAGAUUGAAACAUAUUGUCAAAAUAAUUUUUGUUCUUACACCGUGUGCAAAUACAAUUUUUGGUGUUGUCACCGUUUUAUCUGGUUGGUUUGACUGUUUUUGUGUUUUAACUCUUUGUCUUUGUUUAAACACCAGUGGCAUGUCAAUCGUGUUGCUUACGGAGCUGAAUGUAAACCGUUACUAUGCCCUGAACCGACUACACCCUCGCUAUUGUUUACAAGAUGUCAAAUGUGUUUCAGUUUUCAUGUCACAUUUUUGUAACGAUGGAAGCCCUGCCUUUGUUUGCUUUUUUUCCUAACCAGUCGAUUAUUGCAACCCAAAGGCUUGAAAUGGUGAUGGACUCACUCAGUCGCACACUGACCGAACAACUUGUCAUUCGUCCUGCGAUAGAUGUAACCCAUCCAUCUUUGUCAUUUCUGCAGCAUGAGUAUUCAGCUAACAGUUAUUUCUGGUUUAUUUGAACAAACGCACGUCGGAUGCACAGUAGAGCACUUGGCUGUGGUGAUGCGAGCAUGACACCACCUCAAUCAGCAACAUAUUACCUCUACUCUCCUCACAUUCACUCAUUGUCAUUUUUGCGUUGUUGUUUUCCUACAGGACAGAAUUUCUAUUAUUUUCAAUGUUGAGAAUCACGAUUUCAAGCCUUUUUUCUAGUUUUUUUUUUUCUUUCUUUUUUAAUUAAAAACCCAGACUGUAGCUGUUCCAUUGUUCCUUUAGGAUGGACUAAUACAAAGCAUGGAGAACUACUCUUUAAAAUGAUGAGAAAUAACCUAUUUAUUAUCAUUUUGUAUGAUUUUGUUUUGGUUUUAUUUCCUGACAUCUGUGGUAUGUUUUGAGUUGAAGUUGGUCUCCGCUGUGUAAAUUUUCCUUCUUGUAAUGCGCGAACGAGACACACUGUAAAUAGAUGUGUAAAUAGAACCUCCCAGGACAUUUUGCACCCUCCUCUUUGUACUAGUCUGAAAAAUUGCGUAGAAUGUGGGGUUCUAACGGCACCGAGCUGCGUGCGCUCGUUGCAGGUGAUUAUGAUGUAACAAUGUAACUUUUUUUAUUUGUAAAAUGUAGUUUAUUUGUGUACAUAUUGUUGGAGCAGCUAAGGGGCUGGGUGGUUGGGGAGGGGUUAACUGAGGGGGUUGUUGAUGCUAUCGUCAGUGCUGUAUCAGAAAUCAGUACUUUCACCUUCAGCUGUUGAUUUCCUGCAAAAAAUAAGUUAAAAAAAUGACAAAAAAAAAUUUAAAAGAAAGCGAAAAGAAAGGAUGGGACAAAAAGACUCAAAGUGAAAAGUUAAGAUUCUAAAUUGUUAUUUUCUACAGUUGCAUGUACAGAGAGCGAAAGAACUGCUGUUGUUCCUCAGAGAUUAUGUUCGUUAAUAAAAUUUUGAAAUAUUAUG